AGGCAUUGAAAUACAGAUUGGCAAAAUGGCAGAAUAUAAAAGGAUAAGCACUUAAGUGCUAUGGAGCUAGAGGUGGGGUGAUCCAAGUACAGAGUCAAGUGCAUAGGCGAUGCCACUGAGAGGUUAAACAGGGGAAGUGAAGGUUUAGUUAGGGCAGGCCUCUUGGAGGAGAUAUGGUUAUCGUAGGACUUUGAAGAUGGGGCAAGUGUUGGGAGGGAAAGGGAGUUCCAGGCCUGAGGGAGAACCUGAGCAAGGGAUCAGCAAUAUACUUCUAUUUACACACUCUAGCAGUAGCCUGAAUUGAGCUCCCACUUGAUAUCAUGCUUGGAAAGUACAGUCAGGCAGUGCUUUGCUCCCUGCCUACAAGGAGCUUACAUGCUAUGCUCUACUGUGAAAAUAUUUAUUCAAGUAGCUAUAUUUCCAUUCUCUUACCUCCUAAAUAAAUAAUGCAGUGGCUGUUUCUGCCAUUCUGUCAUAGGCUUCUUGAGGACAGGUAUUGUCUUACCCCUUUUGUUUUACUUUCCCAAGCACUCACUGUGGUCCUUUGCAUGGAACCAAUAUCGGCUGAUUAAGCAGCAGGUGUAUUAUAAAAUUUGUUGUACUGUAAAAGAGACCAUCAGUAGUACUGCUGAAAUGUACUGGUUCAAUUCAUUUUCCAGGAGCUGAUUUCAUAGGCUAUGCCAGUAAUUACAGAAAAUGCCCAUUUUUAAUAAGUUUACUCCUUGAGCUCUUCUCAGGAAACUUGAUUUUUAUUGGCCUGGCUACAGAUGUUCUGUGACUUUAGUUUUGUUGAUGGAAAUUUCCGUGGACCAGAAGUUCGAGGGACAGGUAUGUGAAGGGAGAAAAUGAAGGGACAUUCAGUUUCCAGAGGGGGAUUCCACAACUUUGCUGCCUCCAUUUGUUAAAUUGGAAAAAGAAAUCACUGACCUAUCCCACAGAGGUAUAUAAAUGGUGAAUAAAAGUUGACUGGAAUCUAACCUGGAUCGAAGCAGCACUCAAUAUUAGUGGGAAUGGGCUUGACCUUUCUUGCAGCAGGACACUUUGAAAAUUCAUAUUUCUAGAUGUUAUAGACCUCUCCCCUUGUCAGUGCUCAGAUGUGUUAAGUAUGCAGGUGAAUAUUUUCCCGUUACCAGAAUUUGAUUGGAUUUUAUCUGAAUUAAGAUAGUAUGUAGCUUAAUAUCUGGAUGUAUGAAGUGGACUCUCACAACAUAUAGUUCACUGCUCAUCAGAGCUGUGGUCAGCACCCUAAGUUGAAGGACUUUGGUAUUAAGGGUUUUGCCCAUCAGGAUUGAAUGGAUAAAAAUAACCAGUGACCUAGAACACUUUGUGUCUUUCCCUUUUAAUCAAGUACACUAUUGUUGGAAUAGAAUUCUUUAAGGGGCAGCAGCGAAGUGGGUUUUUUUUUAAUGAGUUAAUCAUUACAGCUGGGUCUACUGUUGCAUUGCUAAUGAGGUUAUUUAGAUUUAAGUUCAGCCUCUAGUUCGGUGAAAAGGCGAUGUGUGUAGACCCGCUGAGUGACAAUCACAGAAAAAAUACUUGGUUACAGGACUCUAUAAAGAAGUCGAAACAAAAAACAAUGAUCAGUAUGGCAAACAGUUCAAAUGCACUCAGCCGGUGUUUUCAACCAAGAUUUAAAUUGUAUAAGAAUAUUAUGGAUUUUCAGUUUUUAAAUGGCUUUGGAAGGAUCUCUUGGCAAAAUGGGAAAAUAACCCCAAUUUUCCUUGUUUAUUAAGGGGUGGGGGCUUCACUAUAUAAUCUGUAUUUUUUUAGCCCGCUCUAUUUUUGAAAGCUAAUUGUAAGUAACUGUCAGUUGUAAAAGAAGACGUCCAUCUUAAUUCCCAUUGAUCUUCGUGGAUCUAAACUGUUUUGACUCCAAUCUCUAAAAUGAAAAUAACUGGGCUGAAAGUGCCAGCUACGAUCCUCUCUUGCUAAUUCUGUGAGGGUUGGCAAAGAACAGCAAGGAAGGGGCUGCGUGCAGCCCGUGCUUGUUUGUUUCAGCCUAUUCCUCUUGGCCCUUUUUUUUUUCCUUGUUUCUCCUCCUCUGCCUCUGGAAUGGUCCUUUCCAGCAGCUGAGUUCUGCUUCCCAUUGGCUGGCCCUGAAGUGGGAGGAGGCUGCCGUAUUGUUUGUCUUCUCUGGAUGAUCUCAUUCUUAUUUGUCUAGCUGCUCGGGGCUCUAAAGGAUCAUUUCAGUUUCUGCUUCCCAGGAGAGGAGGGUGGAGCAGUUUAUGGAAUAGCUUUCUCUUCCCGAAUGACUUAGCUUGGACUAGAACUCUUUCUGUAUGAAGUAACUUACGGCCGAGGAUUUUACUGUGUUUGUUUCCAACAGAGUUUCUGAGCUGGAAAAGGAAGCUUUUAAGGGACAGACUUUUGGAAAUCUCUUCUUUUGAGCUACCCUCAGCAACUGCCACAUUGCUCCAUCUAAUGUGCUACAAGGAUGAGCCCAGCAUUUGGAGCCAUGGAAGUGGAGCAUUAUGCAAAUGGGGUCCUGCUCGAACCUUUUGUCCAUCAGGUUGGGGGUCACUCCUGUGUCCUCCGGUUUAAUGACAAAACCAUCUGUAAGCCCCUCAUCCAGAGGGAACACCAGUUCUAUGAGACUCUCCCAGGAGAAAUGCGUAAAUUUACUCCCCAGUAUAAAGGUGUGGUAUCAGUAAGCUUUGAAGAGGAUGAAGUUGGAAAUUUGUGUUUAAUAGCAUAUCCAUUAAAAGGGGACCAUGGUAAAUUGGACAGUAUAGAUAAUUCAGACUGCGAACCCAAAAAUAAGCUAUUGAGGUGGACUAACAAAAAGACUCUCUUAUUAGAAAAUGAAAAGAUCACCAAGGAGUGGGUCCGACAACACAGAAAAGAGGAGAAAAUGAAAAGUCAUAAAUUAGAAGAAUUUGAGUGGCUAAAGAAAUCUGAAGUUUUAUACUACAGCGUAGAAAAAAAGGGGACUAUAAGUUCACAGUUUAAACAUCACAAUCCUUGGAGUAUGCAGUGUCACCAGCAGCAGUUACAGCGAAUGAAGGAAAAUGCAAAGCAUCGAAACCAAUAUAAAUUUAUCUUACUGGAAAAUUUAACCUCUCGAUAUGAGGUGCCCUGUGUCCUGGACCUAAAGAUGGGGACCCGGCAACACGGAGAUGAUGCCUCUGAGGAAAAAAAAGCAAAUCAGAUACGGAAGUGCCAGCAGAGCACUUCUGCAGUUAUUGGGGUCCGAGUUUGUGGCAUGCAGGUAUACCAGAUGGGCAGUGGCCAGCUAAUGUUCAUGAACAAGUACCAUGGGAGGAAACUUUCAGUUCAAGGUUUUAAAGAAGCACUUUAUCAGUUCUUUCAUAAUGGCAAGCAUCUUCGUCGAGAACUCUUUGAACCUGUUAUUAAAAAAUUGACUGAAUUAAAGUCAGUAUUAGAAACCCAGGAAUCCUACCGCUUCUAUUCAAGCUCUCUUCUCAUCAUUUAUGAUGGCAAAGAGUUGCAGGAGGUUGCUGUGGAUUCAGAUCUUGAGGACCUGUCAGAAGAGUCAUCAGAUGAAUCAGCAGGUGCAUUUGCCUACAAGCCUCGGGCUAGCACCGUGGACAUUCGUAUGAUAGACUUCGCUCAUACGACUUGUAAAUACUAUGGGGAAGAUAGUGUUGUACAUGAGGGUCAAGAUACAGGUUACAUUUUUGGGCUCCAGAGCUUAAUAGAUAUUAUUACAGAAAUAAGUGAUGAGAAUGGGGAAUAAAUGGUUAAAUGUGCACCUGUUUAUAAAAGCACUAUUGUGACUUUGUAAUACAAAAUUAUUAGCCACUUUAUGGUGGUAAAACUCUGGAGCAGUUCAAGGGGACUGGUUCAGAAGAGGCAUUUACCUACAGGGUGCUGGAGCUAGCACUAGCAAAUCUGAGGCUUUAUUUAUUUUAAGUAUUUCUUAAAACAUUCCAUAUUUGUUGAUACAGAUACCUCUUUCUCAUUGUGUGUUUAUGUUCUAAUAAAAUUUUUUUUGUUCAUUAUAAACAAUACAA